CCAUUUUUUAGCUAAAUUUAUAUUCUCUCUCUGUACAUAUAUAUACAUAUAUAUAUAUAUAUGUGUGUGUGUGUAACUGUUUGGUUGCUGAGAGAAUGGAAGAAAAUUUGAAAUUGGUGAUUUGAUUAACAUGUGAAGUUUCGAUAUAUGUCUCCUGGCGUUCAAAUGGUGCCUCAGUGGUUCAGUUCUGAUACAAGUUGUGUCAGGGAUCUGAGUUUAUGGAGUUUUUUGUCGGUAUUAUCAAAUUGGAGUGUUCUAUUAGGUUACGCAAUGAAACGUAAAAACUGUGAUGACUCAUUCGUUGAUGUUACGUUUACAUGAUGUAGUGUUUGUUUGCUGAGAAAAUGGAGGAAAGAAAGAGAACAUCUAAUUGCGUUCUGUUUUUUUUUAAUAUGCUAACAUCUUGAGAAUUUUGAACUUGGCAGUUCCAACGCUUUUUGAACUUGGAGUUCAAGAAGAUACAGAGAGUGUUGCAAAUAUACACCUGGUUUUUGAAAGUCACGCCAAUUAGUAUCUUUAAUAAAGUCAAUUUUGUUACUUUUGAAUUCUAAUUGAGAUAAAUUGGGUUAAGAAAAAAAUUCAUGAUUGGAGAUAUGACUUUUAAUUUUGAAAUUACCAGCUGUUGUCAUCAAAAUAUGAACUUUAUUUAUUUAUUUAUUUUUAUUUUUAAUGUUGAACAUUUAUGUUGUAGGCUUUUGAAUGUCACUGAAUUUCUUCCAUUUUUUUGCACAAAAAUUUCAAUUUGAAUUUAUUUGAAUUGGAGUUGUGCAUUUUGUUGUGUAUGGAUUUGGCUGAUCAUAAAGUGUUAUUGUAUUUUGAAAUAAUGCUCACAAACUGCGCCACCAUGCUCUUUCUUUCACUAAAAGUUUGGGCAUUUAUUUUUCUGCCAAUAUUUGGAAAUGAUAAAACAAAGCUGAAAUUUUGUUCUUGCUUGACAGGACUUGGAAAGGUUGAAGUGUAUUGGGGAUAGACGUUUGCUAGAAGUUAAUUUGGUUCACUCAUUUAUAAUGAAGGAUGGGAAGAAUAUAGAAUCAUACAUCAGCUAUAUCAGCUAGGAUUAAUCAGUGUUUCUUAUAAACAUUUAUGAGAAAGAAACAAUUUAAUAGGAAAUCUGACAGUCAAAAAAGGCACUUCAAUCCUUUUGGAUUGAAUUUGAAGAAAUUAGGAAUCCUAAGACCUUUUAUUUUGAAGAGGACAGGUUCAAGUGACAAUAUUAGGCCAUCACCAGCAUUAACAACCCACCAGGAGGUCACUGUUGAGAACAGCAAGGCGUCAACGUCAUCAGUAAUGGUCCGAGAAAAAGAUGUUUGUUGGGAAUAUGCCGAGAAGUUAGAUGGGAACAAGGUGAGAUGCAAAUUCUGCUUUAGAGAAUUGAAUGGCGGCAUUAGUAGGUUAAAGCAUCAUUUGUCUCGACUUCCCAGUAAAGGUGUAAAUCCAUGUAGCAAGGUAAGGGAUGAUGUUACUGAUAGGGUGAGGGCUAUAAUAGCAUCAAAGGAGGACGGCAAGGAAAUUUCUACUAUUAAAAAGCAAAAGGUAGCAGAACCUAUAUCUCCUGUAAAUAUAUCUGUAAGCAGAGCUCUUAUGUCUAUUGAGGCAGCAUCUCCAGUUGCAAAAAUUUUUCCUUCUAUUUCACAAACAGGCCCUUCCUCUGGAAAUGACCAAGAAAAUGCAGAGAGAAGUAUUGCCCUGUUCUUUUUUGAAAACAAGUUGGACUUCGGUGUAGCCCGUUCUUCAUCUUAUCAACUAAUGAUUGAUGCAGUAGGAAAGUGUGGUAGCGGAUUUAGAGGUCCAUCUGCAGAAACCCUAAAAAAUACAUGGUUGGAAAGGAUCAAGUCUGAAGUGAGCUUACAAUCAAAAGACAUUGAGAAAGAAUGGGCUACAACAGGUUGUACUAUAAUGGCAGAAACUUGGACGGACAACAAGUCAAGAGCUUUGAUUAAUUUUUUAGUUUCAUCACCCUCAAGAACAUUUUUUCAUAAAUCAGUUGAUGCAUCUUCAUAUUAUAAAAACUCAAAAUGCCUUGCUGAUUUAUUUGACUCUGUAGUUCAAGAUUUUGGCCCAGAAAAUGUUGUGCAAAUAAUAGUGGAUAAUAAUCUCAACUGUACCGGUAUAGUUAACCAUAUCCUGCAGAACUAUGGAACUAUUUUUGUGUCUCCUUGUGCUUCCCAGUGUUUGAAUGCAAUCUUAGAGGAGUUUUCAAAGGUUGAUUGGGUGAAUAGAUGUAUAUUACAGGCACAAGCUAUUUCAAAGUUUAUAUAUAAUAAUUCAUUGAUGCUUGAGCUAAUGAAGAAGUUCACUGGGGGACAGGAUAUCAUUAGGAGUGGUUUCACAAAGUCUGUUUCCAACUUCCUUUCGUUGCAAUCUGUAUUGAAGCAGAGGUCAAGAUUGAAACAUAUGUUUACCAGUCAUGAGUUUUCCUCAAAUUCACUUGCAAAUAAACCACAAAGUAUAACUUGUAUUGGUAUUCUUGAUGAUAGUGAUUUCUGGAGGACAAUUGAAGAGUGCGUUGCUGUUUCUGAGCCUUUCCUUAAAGUGCUGAGGGAAGUGUCUGGAGGAAAACCUGCUGUGGGGUUUAUAUAUGAGUUGAUGACCAAGGCCAAGGAUUCAAUAAGGACAUACUACAUCAUGGAUGAGAUUAAAUGCAAGACAUUUUUAGAUAUUGUAGAUAAAAAUUGGCAGAACCAACUCCAUUCGCCUCUACACGCUGCAGCUGCAUUUUUGAAUCCCAGUAUUCAAUAUAAUCCAGACACUAAAUUUAUUGGAUCCAUAAAAGAAGACUUUGUCAGAGUUCUAGAGAAACUACUCCCAACGCCUGAACUGAGGCGAGACAUCACUAAGCAAAUUCUAUCAUUUACAAGGGCUUCAGGGUUGUUUGGUUGUAACCUUGCAAAGGAGGCUAUAGAUACGGUCUCACCAGGGCUUUGGUGGGAACAGUAUGGUGAUUCUGCACCCACAUUGCAACGAGUUGCCAUUAGAAUACUCAGUCAGGUUUGCAGCACUUCUACAUUUGAGAGGCAUUGGGGCACAUUCCAGCAAAUCCACUCUGAGAAGCGGAAUAAGAUUGAUAAGGAAACAUUGAAUGACCUAGUCUACAUAAAUUACAAUCUCAAGUUAGCAAGAUCAAUGAACUUGAAGUCCCCAGAAACAGAUCCUAUUCAAGUUGAUGACAUCGACAUGACUUCGGAGUGGGUAGAGGAGAAUGAAAACCCAAGCCCCACUCAAUGGCUUGAUCGAUUUGGUUCUACACUUGAUGGAAGUGACUUGAAUACAAGACAAUUUAGUGCUGCUAUAUUUGGUGGAAGUGACCACAUAUUUGGUUUGUGAUCAUGCAAUUCUUAAACUUCACAUGUUGUAUUAAAUGUGUUUUUUAGAUCAUGUUUGAUAGGUUGUUAGCAGAUUCUCUUAGUAUGAUAAUUGUUGCUUCUUAUUGGAGUAGAUGUAAUAUGUAGUUAUGCUUAAUAGAUAUUGUCUUGCCUUCUUUUCUGUAAAUAGAUGUGUUGCACACAGACUCCGAUUCUGUAAA